AGUCAAGUAAUGUGGCAGGCAGGCGGGCAGCGAGCUUGCUUGCCUGCUUGCUAGCUGCACGGAAGAGCUGCAGAGCGCUCGAGGGUAAAAGCAGAGGGGAAGGUUUGAACGUUUGUCGAAAGUAUGUACAACGAUCGUUCGUGUAUGUUUGCAAUAUACUGCUAAAUAUGUUCUCUCAGUGAAAAUGGGAAAGCGUCCGACGAAGUGAGGUUUCGAGGACGAAAUUUCACGCCGUGAUAGGAUUUACUUCAGAGGAAGCAGUACCUGAGGAAUUAUUUCCUUUCCAUCAGAUUUGUCAUCCUGCCCUACACACAGCAAAAGGUGGGGAAGUGCAGAAGGAUGAAGAAAGAGCAAGUGUUAAACUGUCAGUUCUCUUUUUGGUACCCUCAUUUCAAGAGCCAGACCAUCCGCAGUAUCAUUCUUCCACUGCCACAGAAUGUAAAAGACUACUUACUGGAUGAUGGGACAUUAGUAGUUUCAGGCAGGGAAGAUCCCCCAACUUCUCAUGACAAUGAUGAUGGGAAUGAAGAUGAGAUGGAGGAAAUACAGUGGUCUGAUGAUGAGAAUACUACAACACUUACGGCACCUGAGUUCCCUGAGUUUGCACUUAAAGUGGAAGAAGCCAUCAGUUCUCUGGGAGGCAGUGUUUUUCCUAAGCUUAACUGGAGUGCUCCAAGGGAUGCCUACUGGAUAGCAAUGAAUAGUUCACUGAAAUGUAAAUGCCUCAGCGACAUCUUCCUUCUAUUUAAGAGUUCAGACUUCAUUACUUGUGAUUUCACUCAACCAUUUAUCCAUUGUAAUGAUGAUUCCCCUGACCCCAGUUUGGAAUAUGAGCUUGUACUCCGAAAAUGGUGUGAAUUAAUUCCUGGGGCAGAAUUCAGAUGUUUUGUGAAGGAAAACAAACUUAUAGGUAUAUCCCAGCGAGACUACACUCAAUACUAUGAGCACAUCUCUAAACAGAAAGAAGAGAUUUGUAGAUGUAUACAGGAGUUCUUCCAGAAACACAUACAGUAUAAAUUUUUUAAUGAAGACUUUGUGUUUGAUGUCUACAGAGACAGCAUGGGGAGAGUGUGGCUUAUUGACUUUAAUCCAUUUGGUGAAGUGACAGAUUCUCUGCUGUUUACAUGGGAAGAACUGAGAUCAGGAAACAGUUUGAAAGAAGACCAAAGUGAAGCUGCAGCCAUGGAGCAAGACUACCCAGCAUUCCGUUGUACGAACAGCAACCUUACUGUCCAACCCAGCCCCUAUCUCAGCUACAGACUACCCAAAGAUUUUGUAGAUCUUUCCACUGGAGAAGAUGUUCACAAAUUAAUUGACUUGCUCAAACUGAUUUGAAAGACCUGGAAUUGA